UUUGUGUGAAGUUCAUAAUAACUAUAUUUUUCAUUCUCAUUUUUACUUAGACGGAAGAGUAACAAGUUCAGACGUAUGGUACAAAAUAAAAAUUUACUUUACAAGACUUUUCGCUCAGGUUAUUCUAUACAUCGAUAACUUGUGAUUCCGUUUGCGAUUGGUGAAAACUGUACAAUUGCUACGUGGCACUUUUUCAACACAUCUGCAGAGCCAACAAUGCAUAAUGUGACCAGCCUAGUACUGAACACGUGUCAAGUGUCAACAGCAGUUUACAUUCGAUGAUUAAUACUAUUCACGGUAGUUUACUGCUAUAAUCGUCCCACGUCACAUUUCACACGAUAAUUUGUGAUUUAAUCUAUUAAUGUGAUAAAUUUUUCUUGUAUUAUAUAUCAAAUAAUGAAUUAUCACAUAUUGGCGGGCGACCAACAGUCAGGACUUCAAAUAGAAUUAUUCUUCUUUAACUUUUGGAGGAAAAUGGUUGCCAGAGAAUGAUGCCGAACUCCGGCAAGACAAGCGCAUUUCAUGCCAAGAAAGGGCGAAAGGCUCACCUGGGGAGACUCAAAUCUAAACAACCGAUGUUGGUGACUUCGAAAGAUGAACUUGGCUCAUCUGAGUGUUGCGGCAGUGCUGGGACGGGGGAAACUGGUGGCUGCAGCAGCGAGGAAAAGUCGGAGGAUCUGAGAUUCGGGCACAUAUCAAUGAUGGGGAGGAGGAGAGUAAUGGAGGAUGCAGUUUCUGUGGCGCCGCCUAGAAAGGUGGGAGAAGAGUAUGCUUUUUUCGCGGUGUACGACGGCCACGGCGGUUCUAGGGCUGCGGAAAUAUGCAGUGAGAGGAUGCAUAAGUAUCUUGACAGGCACGUAGAAAAGGCAAAAAAGUCACCGAAGGAAAAAAGUUUGAAUUGGGAGAAAGUGAUGGAGGGAUGCUUCAGAAGUAUGGAUGAAGUAGUGGGGAAGGAUAAGAAAGGGGAUGAUGAGGUGAUGGAGGGUGCUUCCACGGUGUCCGAGACGAUAGUAGGAUCGACGGCGCUGGUGGUUCUGGUGGGGCCGGAGGUGGUGGUCGCGAAUUGUGGGGAUUCAAGAGCGGUUAUUUGCUCCGGUGGCGUUGCUGUGCCAUUGUCAAGUGAUCAUAAGCCUGAUAGACCUGAUGAGAAGGAGAGGGUUGAAGCUGCAGGGGGAAAUAUUAUAAAUUGGAAUGAUUGGCGAGUCGAAGGAGUGCUUGCUACUUCGAGAUGCUUAGGUAACCAUCAUCUGAAGCCCAGCGUAAUCCCUGAUCCGGAGGUCAGUAUAUACAAGAGAAAAGAGUCGGACGACUUCCUUAUAGUGGCAACAGACGGUCUGUGGAAUGUAGUCUCUAACGAUAUUGCGUGUGACAUUGUAAGAAGAUGCCUUCAUGACCAAACUACGAGGCCACUUCAAGGGGGAAGUGGCGCGGACGUGGCAGCAUCAAUGCUAGCCGAGUUGGCCAUUGCUAAGGGAAGCAAAGACAAUAUCAGUAUAAUAGUCGUCCAGCUUGACUGAAUCGACCAGGCCAUGUAUAGUUUUGUGUUUUUUGGUUUCUUUUCAGGUUUGGAGUUGUAUUGCAUGUGAGCAUUAGAGGUCAAAUGUAUAGGUGUUACUUCUUCCUUAAACUAGAUAAAUCUCUUAAGAGGUUUCUUGGUGCAAUAAAGAUUUCGAGGGGUCGGCCAACUGUACAGGAAUCAGCUAGAGAUUUCUUACUUGUGCUAAUAGUUUGUCGAUGUUUGAGAUCUUGACGUUUAUGCAGGCUUUCGUC